CCAAGAUAAACAGAGCAAAUCAUCACUCCACCAUUGAGCCAGCAGUUGCGCUAUCCCCGCUUAGGACAACCGGCGUUCCGUCCAUACUCAGAUCCUAGAUAGGGCGGCCCGCAUGGCCGGGGGGCGAGAAUCCGUUUUGAUUUUGAAGGUUAGGACUACCACCAGAGAUGGCGCCGGCGGCGUCUACUGGCUACGUCAAUCUUAACCCAACUACCGGAUUCAAAGAAGGUGGCUUGUGGCGGCCCAGCGUCCAUGUCGCUUGCCAUCGACGUCACUGUCUAAUCGUUCGAUAAGAGAAGAGCUACUGGAUGUAGGCCUAGGAUCCUGGAGCUACUUGAAGCUCUUGGUAUCAUGACUUCGGACAGUGUUCGCCGAGGAAAAAUUCCACUUUUGGGAGCAUCACUGGAGUUUGUCGAUACGCAUAACGCAGGCUAUUUAAUGGCGCCCCAGCGAGGCAUGUCCGGGCCGAUCAUUUUAUUGUUUCCGCUAUGGAUCGCCAAGGAUAUGUACGCAAACCUGCAGGACGAUGUGGCGAGCCGCAAGGAGGGAUUGUGUCUUGAGGUCUUUCGGGAGCUAGCGGCGAGGGGGAUGAAGAUUCCGGAUGCCUUGGCCAGUUUGUCGACGAAAGCUCCGUAAGGGGUUGGUACUGUUAAUGCAGUCUGAAUUUUCCG